GGGGCCGCCUAGCGCGCGGCGGGAAAUUAUUUCCCAGAGCCCGGAUUAGUGAGGUAGCGAGUGCUGCAGCGGCAGUCGUCUCCCCUGUCACCACCGCCACCCGAGGGAAGCAGCCCAGACUCUCCGGCAGGGAAGAUGGAAGAUGGUGCUCCAAAGCAUAUCAUCCAAAUGACGGGAUUUAAGAUGGAAGAAAAGGAAGCUCUAGGCAAAUUGCUUUUAAAACUAGAUUGCACUUUUAUUAAGAGUGAGAAAUACAAAAAUUGUACACAUCUUAUAGCUGAACGCUUGUGUAAAAGUGAAAAGUUUUUAGCAGCUUGUGCAGCAGGAAAGUGGGUACUAACUAAGGACUACAUAAUUCAUAGUGCCAAAAGUGGCAGAUGGCUUGAUGAAACAACUUAUGAAUGGGGCUAUAAAAUUGAAAAAGACUCUCAUUAUUCGCCUCAAAUGCAAUCUGCACCUAAAAGAUGGCGUGAAGAGCUGAAACGCACUGGUGCUCCAGGAGCCUUCCAUAGAUGGAAAGUUGUCCUCCUUGUUAGAGCUGAUAAACGAAGUGAUUCUCUUGUAAGAGUUCUGGAGGCUGGAAAAGCAAAUGUUAUUUUACCAAAAAGCUCACCAAGUGAAAUAACUCAUGUGAUUGCCAGUAAUGCAAGAAUCAAGGCUGAGCAAGAAAAAGACAACUUUAAAGCUCCAUUUUAUCCAAUUCAGUAUCUAGGGGAUUUUCUUUUAGAGAGAGAAAUUCAGAAUGAUGAAGAUUCCCAGACCAAUUCUGUUUGGAAUAAACAUAGCAAUCAGGAAAAAAACAAAGAUUUCUGGAAGGAUAGGGGAUUUCUUGAAAUGAAAGGUGCCUUAAAAGAGACCAUGCAUAGAACCCAGAAAGAAAAGCAAAAUCAUGAUGAAGAUGUUAACGUUAGUUCUCUUUUGACUGGCCAUCACAAAAAACAAAAAUUCAGAGAUUCCAAUAAAGAUUUGAAAUUUGUUAAAAUGAGAGAUGCCUUAGGAAGGUGCAUGUAUGGAAGUCAGAAGGAAAUUAAGAAAAAGGAUGAAGAUGUUCAAAGGAGUUAUACUUUGAGGAAAAAACGCAAAAAAGGAAAUGAAAGAGAUUCCAGGAAAGACAUUGAACGUAACAAAAUUAGAAGUACCUCAAGAAAGCACAUAUAUAGAGAUGAGAAAGAAAUGAAGAAUUCCAUUUUUGCUGAUGGUGCCAAAGAAUCAAAUCCCAAGGAUGUCAGGACAGAUGUGGAUAUUGUUGAAAUAAAAAAUGACCUAAGGAAGCACAUAUAUAGAGCUCAGGCUAUCAGAUACAGCUGCAUUAGAAUAGAUAAACAACCAGUGUACAAUAUUGAGGCUAAAAAUGCUGAAUUUCCCAGAGGUGUAUUAAAUUUAAUUGAAAGUCUCAUAGAAGGACAGUUUUUUAAAGAGGCGAUUGAAGAGCUUUCCUCAUUACAGGCACAUUAUAUCCCCCCUGUAUGCCUUCUUCAUGCUCUCCUAGAGAACAUUCUGCAGGAUAACAUAGAUACAUUUUCUGGCCGAUACUUUCAUAUAUUGUCUGCUCUUCUUCACCUACAUCCUCCUUGGAAGUCCCCAGCCAUGUCAAGAUAUUACUUAGAGCUGUUUCAGUGUCCAACUUGUAUGAAAGGAGCAUGGUCUCUCAUAGAAGUGCUUAUCAGGUCUUGUCUUUACAAUGAAAGUUUUUGUCAUCAAAUUUCGAAAAAUAUUAUUGGCAGUAAGGUGCUCCACCUGACCCUGCUCAAAUUUUUCUUUAAUUUAGUGGAAAGUGAAGUGCGACAUCUGAGCCAAAAGUUGUAUGACUGGUCAGAUUCUCAGAGUCUGAAAAUAACAGGAAAAGCAAUUCUUCUUGAAAUCUUUUGGUCAGGAAAUGAGGCCUCUGGGCUUUUGACCAAACCAGUAAAUAUGCUUUUGGAGUGGACCAUAUAUUCUCACAAGGAAAAAUGCAAGUCUAAUGAUGUCUUCAAACAUGAACUCGCCUACUUACUCACAGGAAUUCUUGGAGCAGCAAUAGAUUAUUGGAUCUUCCUUGGUCUGAAGAGGGGUAAAAAUGUGAUGCGGCACAUGUCUGAUGACUUAGGAAGUUAUGUUUCCCUUUCAUGUGAUGACUUUUCUUCACAGGAAUUAGAGAUUUUCAUUUGUUCCUUUUCCUCCUCCUGGCUUCAAAUGUUUGUUGCAGAGGCAGUCUUUAAAAAGUUGUGUUCACAGAGUUCCAUCAGCAUUUCUUCUGAGCCACUCUCUCUCCAAAAAAUGGUGUAUUCCUAUUUGCCAGCUUUGGGGAAGGCUGGUGUGCAUGGGGCUGGAAAGAUACAGAUAUCAAAGAAAAUAGGACAGCGGCCUUGCCUUGAAUCUCAGAGAGCCUUGUUAAUGCUGAAUGGUGCGAAACAGAAACAAGUGGAAGGGCUGCCAGAAUUACCAGAGCUGAACCUUGCUAAAUGUUCCUCAUCGUUAAAAAGAUUGAAAAAGAAGUCAGAAGGAGAAUUAUCAUGUUCCAAGGAGAAUUGCCCCUCUUUAGUUACAAAGAUGAAUUUUCACAAAACUAAUCUAAAAGGAGAAACAGCCCUCCAUAGAGCUUGCAUAAAUAACCAAGUGGAGAAAUUGAUUCUUCUUCUCUCUUUGCCAGGAAUAGACAUCAAUGUUAAAGACAAUGCUGGCUGGACGCCUUUGCAUGAAGCCUGUAACUAUGGCAACACAGUGUGUGUCCAGGAAAUUUUGCAACGUUGUCCAGAGGUAGAUCUGCUCACUCAAGUGGACGGGGUGACUCCUUUGCAUGAUGCACUGUCAAACGGACAUGUAGAAAUUGGCAAGCUGCUACUACAGCAUGGGGGCCCGGUGCUUUUACAGCAGAGGAACUCUAAGGGAGAAUUGCCCUUGGAUUACGUGCUAUCAUCUCAAAUCAAGGAGGAACUAUUUGCCAUUACAAAAAUAGAAGAUACAGUGGAGAACUUUCAUGCACAAACAGAGAAACAUUUUUACCACCAGCAACUUGAAUUUGGUUCAUUUUUACUUAGUAGGAUGUUGCUAAAUUUUUGUUCAAUUUUUGAUUUAUCUUCGGAGUUCCUUUUAGCUUUCAAAGGGUUAACUCAUCUAAAUGAGCUGCUUGUGGCUUGUAAGAAUUAUAAGGAAGCCACCAGUGCUCACACCGACUGGUUAUUGGAUCUUUAUGCUAGAAAUAUAAAGACAUUGCAGACGCUCCCAAAUAUUCUUAAGGAACUGCCUGAGAAUGUAAAAGUGUGCCCCGGAGUGCACACUGAGGCCUUAUUGGUGACACUGGAAAUGAUGUGUCGUUCAGUCACAGAGUUUUCGUGAUGAUGCCAAAAACAAUGAGUCCACUUUCCAAACGUAGUUAGCUUGCUUUGUCAUUUCUCAUGGACGUCAUAGCUUAUUAACAAAUAAUAAUUUUAUUUAUUUAUUGACAGAAUUUGCAGCUUUGCUGAAUUUCAAAAGCACUUAAUGAGCUGCUGCAAAACUCUAAAUGUAAGCCCCUGACUUUUUCCAUGUUGUAGAAUUUGACUCCGAAGUAAAAAGAGUUUCAUUUGGUGUACGCUGUUUUCAUUAAUCUUUAUUAUUUCUUGUUCUGAAAAUAUUUAUUUAUAUUGUACAUGUAAAACAUUUUAAUUUAAAUAUUUUUUCAAAUCAAAAUGUAACAUCCUCUGUUCGAGGGAUUUGAGGUUUAGAAUCAUGACAAGGAUAUUCAUGCAUAUGUGUACCUAUAAGCAUGUAGCUACCUGUUUUCUUCUCUGUAGGCUGUUGAGCUAAAAUUACUCAGUUUAGUUUUGUUGUAAAAUAAACAUUUCUAAAAUUUA